UGGUGAGUAGACAGCUUGGGGAUGGCUUCCUGUAUCGCUUGUAAACACGCGUUCUGAAAACAUGGAAUAUUGUUUAUCGUUAUCAAAACCUGUUAUAGGAAAUUACCACAGACGAGGCAGUACACCUCCUAGAGAAAAACACAAGACAAAACGUAACGGGAAAAGAGCAAACUUCUCAAAUAACUCAAAAUGUUGUUAUUUCAGUUACCAGAGGAUGUCCUUUACCACAUUUUGUCGUAUUUGGACUGCAAGUCUUUGACUCGCCUUUCUCAAGUUUGCAAAACAAUCAAUCAUUUUAUCAACCGUGACGCAGUAUGGAGGGAGAUAGCGAAAGAGAGCAUAAACACUGGAAUAACACGACAAGGAACAGACUUUUACCCUCAUAUGCCCCUGAAAGAAAGAGUGAAGGUGUCUCAGAACUGGUGCCACGGGAUGUGUAGAAAACAUGUCCCCCUCAAAUGGAAGAUCAACUUGUUGCCAUGGAUCCAGCUGAGCGAUGAUGUGCUGUAUCUGUCUCAGGCUGCGGACAUUGCAGCGUAUCCUCUACGACAAGACAGAGGGAAGCUCCUGCGCAAACCAAUGGCUGUGUUCUCUGGUCACCAGGACGAUGUGUGCCGCUUCGCUGUGACGGACACACACCUCGUGAGUGGGGGAAGUGAUGGGAAGAUCCUGGUCCAUCACAGGAGAAGUGGUUUCUCUGUGGAGUAUUCUGGUCACAACCAGGAGGUGAACUGCCUUGACUGCAGAGGAGGGAUGAUCAUUAGUGGUUCCAGAGACAGGACAGCCAGGUUAUGGAGCCUGUCUUCCAACUGCCCCAAGUAUACAAUCCCCUUGUACGACAGGGUGUGGUCCGUGGCCAUUAGUCCCACACUGAGCUCCUUCGUGACGGGCACGGCUUGCUGUGAGAACUUUGCGCCGCUGAGGAUCUGGGAUGUGGAGAGAGCCUAUGAUCGACCAUACAGAGGAGGAUCCCACACAAGUGGCGCCUUUCCAUGUGGCACCCCGACUUUUCUUCACGCCCGCCUUUGCUCACGGCUAAACAGAAGAAGAAGAAGAAGAAAAAAAGCAUCAAAGAAAAUCCCAAGCCGUCGCUCCCGAGAUUCCCGUCAAAAGGAAGUCCCCCCUCUUUAAACACAAUCGCCGGGCGGAUUCCUGGCAUUCCGCCGCUGAAAGGGACGGGGUUAAAUGUCUGCGUCGUGGAGGUCGUUCUGUCAUACAAAUUGCUGCCGUAUUGUUGUUUUGUUUUGUUUUUCCGCGACAACUCGUGUGACAUUUAAAGGUGGGCAUUGUCGGGGACCCCACCACCCCCCCCACCACCCCCCCCUCCCCAGCCCCCUCAACCUCCCAAACACACCCAAACACACACACACACACAUUCCUUGCCCGCUGUCUUGUGCCCCUGUGGCUGGGUCUUGAGGGUAAAUUGGGUGGACGUGCAGCGGGGUUGCAGCGUGGCUCCCGUCUGUUUGUUUUAGCGGAUGAAAACCCCAGCAGGGCUCUUUCUCUACCUGUCUGACGGCCUUUCACCGGAGGGCCUGUUUCCCAGCGCCUCCCCGGGCCCCUGGGUUAGACUCCAGACUUCACCUUACAAGAGCCACGCAGCCCCCCCCCCCCCUGCUACAUAAGGGAAGAAAAAACACCCUGCUUUUCUAUAGGCCCCCCCAAUAACAACGAAGAGAAUGCCCCUUAGCUUCUUUUUUUUUGAGGGGGGGGGGGGGGAGUCCGUCAAUUCAUUAAUGGUCCUUUUCUCUGUGUGUAUGUGUGUGUGUGUGUGUGGCCUUAAAGCCAACCUGACUCCUGCAGUGAGACCAGACAGGCUUAAAUCAGGACUUACACCCUCUGUGUCACACAGUCAGCAGCCUCUCAUAACAAUCAGUAAGUCUCUCCCCCCCAGGGCACACUGUCUACCCUCCCUCCCAAACAGCAGGGUUGGGGUCCAAUUCAGCACUGAACAGGGUCUCGAUAGAAAAAGUGUAGAGCCAUUAAAAGGGUUUCAAAUCUAUUUAUGUAUUCCAUUCGAUUUGACUGUCACCGGUCUGGGCCAUUCUUCUGUCCUAGCCGGACACCGAUAAAAGUCUUGAAAUGUUCCUCGACCGGACACAGCGGUGCUCUGUGGUCGUGGUGGUGUCACGGAACAUUUGUGUCCUCCGAAGGAAGGACCCCCCUCCACCUUCCUCUGGCUCCUCUCUGUUCCUCCUCUGGGCUAUACGGCCCGUGAGAUGCGUUUGGCAGAUUGACCGUGCACCCAGUGUCCCUUUCUUGUCUUUCGCCGACCUUUCGACUCCGGCGUGUGCGUUUGUUAGACAAACAUUGGAGGCAUCACCCGUUAAGGCAUGCCGUGACAGAAAGCAGCCUUUAGAAAUGCAUUAGCUAACUUGUAAUAGCCCGUACCUGUUGUUUAUGGCUCUUCCACUCCAUGGAGCGAAGUCAAUCAAUAGCUCCCCUCAGCCUGCUUGUCCAACUCUUGUAUUCCUAAGAAUGUUGGUAGCCCUGGUACAGAAAGAGCGCUCACAUGAAACAUAUUUCAAUUCAUCUUUGAAACAUUUGCCAAGUCUCCACCCAAUGUACGACAGUUAAAAAAAUGGGAAUUCCUAUCAUGUUCUUUUGGCUUCCAAACAUUCUUUGACGAGCGCCCUGUUGUCAUAGAAGUCCAUGCAGGUUUGAAGCAUCGAACGCCGACGAGCGUUCAUAUGCUGGCGUUGUCGAGGACAAGACGCCCCGGAUACGUAAUUGCGCUGACUCAUGUAGCACGACCGUCUACGGAGCGGACCACGUGACGGUUUAUAUGGGGGGGGCCUGGCUCGGGGGGCCUGGCUCGGGGGGCCCGGCUCAGGGGGCCCGGCUUCGGUAUGAGACGAUGGUAUGAACCCAGACAUGCGAUGGUCAGAACGCACCGCAGCAGCUCUCUCUCUCUCGCUUGCAGAUACAGUCAUUUUGACAGAUUACACGGCUACGCACCCAUCCUGUAAUCUUGUGCGGCCUCAUAAAAGGUGACCUAACAAUUUGAGAAUCCCUGCUGUUUUUCGCAGCUCGCUAUCCCAUCGCUACAGUGCUAUUACUGGCUUUAAGAUCCCCCGGCAGAUGUCAAGAGGGCUUUUAUGGACCUGGCGCUUGCUUCGUGGUUUUGCUCUGGUCUGUUUUGGAUGUUUGGAGAGCCAGUGAAAGAAACCUGGUGACGGUGGCGUUUUUUCUUUUGUGUUGUCUUUUUUUUUUACCCGCUCUGUUUGUCCGAGUAGUGAUUUUGGAGCCCAGUUAUGAAUUGAUUAUCUCCUUUAAGGGUGGAGCCGGGGAGCUAGGAUCUCAACAAGACACCCCUAUUGAGUUCUCAAUAAGACGGCCCUGGCCUUUCGUGCUGGCUGGGGUUUGCUUUGUGUGGCAUGCAUUAAGCUUUUGGUUUUAGCCCUGAGGAGAAAAUGAGAGGUUGCUGCCCCACACAGACCUGGACAGAGAGCCUCAUCACGGACUCCCUAUUGGCCAAGGCUUAGUCAUGAGACCCCGGCGCUGAGAAAGCUCUCAUCCAAUAAGACGCCCCGUGGGGAAAGCCCUCGUCCAAUAAGAUUGCCCCCUGGGGUUAGGCUGGGGGGAUUACUAGGCCGGCCCUGGGGUUUUUCGAA